AUGGCGCAGCAAGAAAACGCCUUUAAAGUAAUGAUCGACUCUCUGAUUAAAUCUACUACAUCAAGAGUAGAUGGGUUGGUAAAAGAAUUAGGUGAAUUAAAAUACAUCUUAGAAUACUCGCAGAAAGAUAUAGCCUCACAACAGAAAGAACUUGACAGAAAUCAAUCCGAGAUUCAAUCAAUGAACUAUGAAAUAUCAAAUAUCAAGAUGUCCCUUGAUAAGUAUUCUACAAAGACAGUUGAUUUAGAAAACCGAAGUAGAAGAAACAACAUACGAGUAACCGGCAUUCCGGAGAAGCGAAGCGAAACGCGGGAUGACUCGGAGGCAAUCGUUAAAUUGCAAACUGUCACCGACGAUCGGCGACGCUUAUCGCCGAUACUCGCCGAGCGCGAAUGCACGAAAGUUCUCAUACAUCGGUGAUCGUUGCAGAUGACAGCCGAUGUGUUUCGAAAUUUCCCACCAAGACACAAAAUGGCCCCAUUCAACGUAAAGUUCAUGAUUUCUGUCAAACUUCAGUUGAUUAUUUCCUUGCUUGUUGAGGAAAAAACAACUUUUACUCAUUUCUCAUCGAUUUUUCAAGCAGGUGGCAGUCAAAACUUUUUUGUUUCCCGCUAUGUCAUCGCCGAUGGUCGGCGACGAUUACGGACAAUCGGCGAUAUAAUUUUUGAUGUGUUCUGAUAAAUGGCAAGCGGUUGCCGACGUCGCAAAGUUCCCAUCGCCGACGGUUUGCGAUGAAUGAGAACUAGGCUUAAAGAGAAGCUAGGGCUGGCAUCUGAGCCUCGCAUUCAAAGAGCGCAUCGCGUCGGUUAUUCUACUGAACGGGAUGGAUCGCCUAGAAAUGCUCCUAAAUCGAUUGUAUGUCGUUUGUAUGAUUGGAAAGAGAAGGAACACAUUCUCAAACAGGCCAGAAUACAUAAGCCGUCUGGUCUUUAUGUAAAUGACGAUGUUGCCGAAGACCCAAUGGCCAAACGACGUGAACAAAUACAUAAGUUAAAACAACGCAAAGCAGGAAGGGAAGAUUGCUUAUUUUGUCUUGGAUAA